AUGUCGACCCCACCGCCGUCCAUCGCCGCCGUGUGGGACUGGCGGACUGCGAUUGCUGAACCGGGCAAAAUUGAGAUUGAAAUCAGUAACCAAAUUUACAGUGAUCUCAGCAAUAACAAUCUCAACGGCGAUCUUCCAUAUCAGCUUCCACCAAACGUGGUUGAAUUAAAUCUUUACGGAAACUCUUUAACUGGAGGAGUUCCUUAUUCGAUAUCUCAGAUGGGUGAUCUGGAAACACUAAAUUUGGGCAAGAACCACCUAAGCGGGCAGUUGACAGAUAUGUUUUCACAACUUCCAAAGCUCUCAACAUUGUAA